GUUAACAGCAGACAACAGAUCCAAUCCUUCUUCAUCCAAGAAAGAAACUAACACUUGGAAGAGCAACACUCCGCAUCCAUAUACCGUGUCCAACCUGCAAGAGCUCCCAGGCAAUUGACCCAGAAAGCUACCACACAAAUUUCAAAGCUGCUCUCAUAAUUUAGAAAGUAAAGCAACAACAAGAGCAACAGCAACACACACUACUGGCUGGAUAGAAAAGACAGAUACAAUAAUGGGAGGCUCCAAUAGCAAAUACACCAUGGAACAGUUGGAAAGUGAAGUUCCAGCUUUCACCGACAAACUUCCUCGACUCCAAUUAAGCAAUUUUGGACCCAACGUGAUGGAGCUCCAGGGAUCGGGAUGGUUCUUCAAUGCCAAGGCACCCUUUGAUACUUCGAUUCUUCGUGGAAAACUGUCCCCCGAGCAGUAUGUAUCCGCUGUGGAAUCCAUCAACAAGGCGCAUUGCGAACGAUUGGUGGGUCUGAGCCGUGCCUACAAAAAGUCCGAUAUUCCAGUGCGCCGUCAACUCGGAAAGGAAGCCGUCGAGGCCACCAUUGCCAUUCUGAAUAAAGAGACCAGUGGUUUUCGAUGGGAUAUUCAAGCAGGGGCGUCCACGAGUACCAUCACUGACAUUAAGCAUGGUAGACUGACAUCCACAGAACACAAGCAAGAAACUUCACUUCUCCUGGUGUUUGAUCAAGAAUAAUAAUGCACACACCCAGAAAUACAGUAAGAACUACAUAGAUACAACAAUUACCUCUCCUACUACUAUAGAAGUCCACAUAUUUUGCACCAAAGGAUCAUGGCUGCAAAGCUAUCUGUUGGAUCUUCGUUUCAGCCAGUUCCUCCCUUGUGUCAGUUCUCCUAUUCUGU